CACUUUAGGCCAAUCCGUCCUCUCCCUCUCUCUCCCUCUCUCUGUGUCUCUCUCCUACUCUGAGACAGAGUCAGAACUCUUCUCCCUGACAGCCACUAACAUCUACAGCACUUAUUGCAUUCAGAGAGGGAACCUGCAAACAAAACUUCACAGAAAACUUUUGGUUCUUGUUCCAGAGAAUUUGCUGAAGAGAAAGAAAAACAAACAAACAAACAAACAACACAAACCAGCCCCCAAAAAAACUGUGCGUGAAGGGGGAGGAAAAGCAGGGCCUUUUAAAAAGGGAAUCACAACAACUUUUGCUGCCAGGAUGCCUUUGCUUUGGAAGAGAGGAUUUCUGUUGGUGAUUUGCUGGAUUAUAGUGAGGAGUUCCCCAACCCCAGGAUCCGAGGGGCACAGUUCAGUCACUGACUGUCCAUCAUGUGCCCUCACCACGCUCUCGAAGGAUGUGCCCAGCUCACAGCCUGAGAUGGUGGAAGCAGUAAAGAAGCACAUACUGAACAUGUUGCACUUGAGGGACAGACCUAACAUCACCCAGCCUGUGCCCAAGGCAGCACUUUUAAAUGCCAUCAAGAAACUCCAUGUGGGAAAGGUGGGAGACGAUGGCUAUGUGGAAAUAGAGGAUGAUGUUGGAAGAAGAGCAGAAAUGAAUGAAGUUGUGGAGCAAACCUCAGAAAUCAUCACUUUUGCAGAAUCAGGAACACCCAAGAAAACGUUGCACUUUGAGAUUUCCAAGGAAGGCAGCGAAUUAUCGGUGGUUGAGCAUGCUGAAGUGUGGCUCUUCUUGAAGGUCUCCAAGGCCAACCGGAGCAGGACAAAAGUCACCAUCCGCCUGUUUCAACAGCAGCGGCAGCCGAAGGGCAACUCUGAAGGAGCGGAAGAUAUGGAGGAUGGGGGGCUAAAAGGUGAAAGGAGUGAAACUCUGAUUUCAGAAAAAGCAGUAGACACUCGAAAGAGCACGUGGCACAUCUUUCCUGUCUCCAGCAGUGUCCAGCGACUCCUGGACCAAGGCAAGAGCUCCUUGGAUGUGCGGAUUGCCUGUGACUUGUGCCAAGAGACCGGGGCCAGCCUGGUGUUACUAGGCAAGAAAAAGAAAAAGGAAGAUGACGGGGAAGGGAAAGAGAAGGAUGCUGGAGAACUCACAGGAGAAGAAGAGAAGGAGCAAUCGCAUAGGCCCUUCCUAAUGAUGCUUGCCCGGCACUCAGAGGACCGCCAGCACAGGCGGCGGAGGCGAGGCCUGGAGUGUGAUGGCAAAGUUAACAUCUGCUGCAAGAAGCAGUUCUUUGUCAGCUUCAAGGACAUAGGAUGGAGUGACUGGAUCAUUGCACCUACAGGUUAUCACGCUAACUACUGUGAAGGAGAGUGCCCCAGCCAUAUAGCAGGCACAUCUGGUUCAUCAUUAUCUUUCCACUCCACUGUAAUCAACCAUUACCGCAUGCGGGGCCACAGCCCCUUUGCCAACCUCAAGUCGUGUUGUGUGCCCACCAAACUGCGGCCCAUGUCCAUGCUGUACUACGACGACGGCCAGAACAUCAUCAAGAAAGAUAUACAGAACAUGAUUGUGGAGGAGUGUGGCUGUUCAUAGGCACGUGUGUGCACAAGACCCUUCUCUUUAUGUUGAGAAGAAAGUGUUUUAAAAGCCCAAGAAGAGAAAAAACCUGGCAUGAUUUAUAACUCUUUUGAAUGAAACAAUCAUCUGAAAUACAAAACAAAAAGAAAAAAAAAAAAAAAAAGAAAAAAAGAAAAGGAAAAGAAAAUUAAAGGAAAAAAAAGAGGGAAAAGUUUUUUUUUUUAAAAAAAAGACUUAUGGAGGAGAGAAAAGGAGUACAGCUAUUAAGAGGAAGAAAGCUUCGUGAACCCAGGCUUGAAUGAGCUGCGUUUGAAUGGCGGUAUGGGUUGGGGAGUUUCUCCUUCCUUUCAGUACGCUCCUUAUCUUAUUAGACAGUAUAUUAAGCAUUAGUUAUUACUAGAGGAGAUGCGUUCCCUCUUCUGGUUACCCAUCAGUUCGAGCCUUGGUAGCAGCUCACGUAACCUGCAGCAGUUUGGACUGAGUCCAAAACGUCAUUGAAAUUCCUUGAAAAGCCAUGUGUAUGAACACUGCAUUCACUGGCACUUUCCUCCCAAAUUUACCGAGGAACUGAGUAGGUGUGUGGUGUUUGUGUGGAUAUGUAUGUGUCUACGUAUUUCUGUACGUAUCGCUAUGCAUACAGACACUACACACUUACGCGCAUUUACUUUGAUAAAGGGACAAAAUUGUGCAGGUGUACACACCUCCAUCUUCUGCACUACAUUUGCAAAAAAGAAAAGAGAGAAAAAAGAAAAAAAAAGAGAAAAGAAAAAUGAAGAAAAAAGAUUUAAAAAGAACGAAUGAAAGAAUAAAAGUUACAUUCUGUAAAGGUGCUUACAAUGUUAGAACUAUGCAACCUAGUUGGUUUGAAACUGUUUACCUGCAAGAGAAAGAAAAAAAAAACAAAACAAAAAAACAAAAAAAAAAAAAAACAGAAAAACUUUUUUAUAAAUGGAAGUAACUUGUUUAAAAAAAAAAAAAAACAAACAUUCUUCAGUGAGAGAUACUUGAAAGGAAUAUGUUUGUCCAGUUACUGGAGCCAAACAUUUCUAUAUUUUGUAAAAAAAAUUUUUAAUCGUUUACUAUUUGCACUACAAUGGUGUCUGACCUGUCUAAUCCUUAUUUAACAAACAUUUGCAAGGGAGGGUGGUUGGGUGUGGGAGGGGUUGAGAGCUGCACUUAUUGUGAGCUAUACAAGAACUGCUACAGCACACAAAAUAGCUAUUUUUAUUAUUAUAAUUAUUAUUAUUAUUUUGUACCUUAAAGCGAAUAGACAUAUACACCAAAGACAUUCGUGCGAGCCUCUAAAAAGUCUAUUUGUGGUUGCUACCAUUCACCUGUAAUAAGUUACAGUUUGAAUUAGGGGUCAGUUGGUUGAUUCCAUUCAGGGCAGUACAUCUGCUAACCAGUUAAAUUAAAAUUCUACCCUAACCAGGAAAUUGCAAUUUGGAGUAAGCUCAGAAAAGCGCCCUGGAUGCAAGGCGCUUGGAUCCACAGUCCGUCUAAGCCUAAUUAUACUUGUUCUGCAUGUACAACACUUAGACUUAUCCCUGAUGCACAGAAACUGCAUCACUGGGAAACAAUUUUAUACAAGGGAUAUGCAUAUAUAUAUGUAUAUAUUUCUAUAUGUAUAUAUGUGUGCAUACACAAGGUAUAAGCACUUCUGGCUUCACUUUAGCGUUCUUAAAGCAAUGAAUGUUUGUGUGCAAAGCACAGUACAGUACAAACUUGUUUGUUUGUUACUAGCAAGCAGGAGGGAGCACAUUCAGAAUGGCAUUUGUGUGAGAGGAACCUCAAUCGGUGGUGUACGCUAGGAAAGUAUCGAUGCAAAACUGCAAGCAGCUUUGGGCCCUGCCCACCUUCGCCCCUGCAAAUACAAAAAAAAAGAGUGGCAGUUGUGGUCGGAUUUCUGCUUGAAAUGCAGCCUUCAGCAAAAGGCUGGCAGUCUCAACCACCACCCUCUAGCACGACAACUCUUACUGCGUUACCUGUAAAAUGUAAUUUAAUUUUCAGUAUCAGCACCUAACCUGAAGGGUCCAACCCGUAGGGCAUAGGUAGAUAAGUUUUAAAAAAAAAUUCUAUUGCUGUCGUAUUUAAAAGAAUGUUAAAGUUAUAACUCGUGUCUUUGAGUAGGGGAGAUGAGAAGAGGGAACGGGAGAAACCUUUCGGCCCUGUUUACACUGAAUUUGAUAACCCUGAGCCUGAACUUUUGGACUCUCACAGGUUUGCAGGACCAAGCCCCUGUUCACUGCCUUCUGAUAGGAUGAGCUUUCAAAGGCCUCCCAGCAAAAGCAGCUCUAACACGGCUCCCCUCAUUGCUGAGAGCACAGUUUGUAAAAACAUUUAAAAAAAAAGAAAAAAAAAAAAAAAGGAAAAAGGAAAAGAUAGCACAAUUUAACCCGGUCACAUUGGCUAGGGAUAGUGUGUUAGCACCUUCACGGAGGGACCCAUGUCUAAGCAGUGUAAUCAGGGCCUUCAUUUGUCGUCAGCCAAAACUGCUUGUGUGCGUGUGGUGUGGGUGCACUCCAUGUCUGUGUGUGUGUCAGUGUGUGGGUGCGUGUCCCUGUUUGUACCUAGUGAUAGAAACCUUAAAAUGAGGGGAAAAAAUGAAAAAAAAAAAGAAAAAAUCGAAAGAAAAAAAAAAGAAAAAAAAAAGAAGCCCUUUCCUCAGUUGAAUAGAUAUCAACAUACAUGCUUAUAGCUAAGUUUUCUAUCUAAUUUAUUCCACAGUAUUUAGAUUGCAUAGUUCAGCUAAUCGAUUAUACAUGUAUGUACUUUUUAUACAGUGCAUUUUUACAGACCUAUUCGCAGUUUGCAAAAAAAAAAAACAACAAAAAAAAAGAACAAAAAAAAAGAACAAAAAAAAAAAAACUUCCAAAAAAUGGUAACGAUUGGGUAAACACUAAAUUUGUCACUAAAUUAUUCUGUAAAAUAUCAAGGCUUUCUGAUUUAAAUUAUUUUCAGAAGGUGUAUUUUUGUCUGGUUUGGUUCGGUUCGGCUAGUUGUUUGUUUUGAGGAGUUCUCUUCCUGAGGGGAGUAGGAAAAAAACAAUAAUAAUAAUGCACAACUAAUUUAUCUUCAUAACUUAAAACCAAGUUCCUGACUGUUUCAUUUUAAGUAGCAGAAUGGCUGUUUUGUUUUGUAGAAGGAGAGCUAGGCUCUGGAAUAGCAGGAGCAGGGACAUAGCCUGUGACAUCUGAGGAGAGCACCUUUCAUUUCCCUGAGCUUUGGACCAGGACUUAAAAUUAGGUGCAGAUCAUCUCUCCACACUCCCUAAUGUCAACAGGCUCACUGACAUCUCCUUGCAAGAGCAGUGACACUGCUUAUAUGAGUAAAGGUUAGCCAGGCUGAACCACAGAUUCCUUGUACUGUAAACAGUGUGAAGGGAGAGAAUGGAUUUUGAAUGAGUGGUACCAUAUCCAACACCAUUUAAUUCAACUGACUGUUAAAACUAUGCUGCUUGCAUCAUGGGUUGUUCUCUGUAUGUAGUGGCGAGGGAAGCAGGUGAGAUGGCUCAUGUUGGCAAAAAUUAUUCUCAAGUGUGAUUAGUUAGAGAGCAUUGGAGUUCUGAAAUCCCAGCACCUUCCCCAAAGGACUAUGACAAAACUCCCAUUGGCUGCAAAUAAAGUAAGUUGAGGCUCACUGUCUCCUUGUCCAAAGCUGGCAGAGCCUUUAAAAUGAAGUCUGAGUUUGAUAACUUCUGUAUGGUGCUCUAGGGCUGGCCCUGGAAUGCACAAAACUAGCUUGAGACAAUUUCCAUGUGAGAAAAGAAAGGAGGAUUUUACAUGUGGUGAGUGUAUUUCGUAAUAGGUGCACCAAAAUCAGAAGAAGCUUUUGCAAAGCAAAAAGUAACUAUUCCUAAACCCAGCUUUUUAGCUUUCAUGUGUGUAUCUUAUUCACAAAUUGAAAAGGUUUCUCCCUCCAAUCUCAGUCAUGGAGUUUUGAUUUGUGAGCAAAGUUAUUUAAAGCAGAGGAGAGUGAAAAACUAUAUGGUAAAAUAAGAAAUUGUGGUGUUAGUCAAGACAGACUGAUUCCAGCAAAACACCCUACUCCUGAUAACUUGGUUUAAUUACAUCUGCAUGUACUUAGAAACGUGAUUAGAAAUUGUUGCCAUAUUUAAACAGUUUUCCAGGGGGAUGCGGUCUCAAAAAUUACUUCUCCUUUCAGGUACUACUAUAGGAAAAAAAGAAAAAAAGGCUUUUAACUACUAACACAUUCCUUUCUGUAUAACCCGUUUCCUGUUUAUACUGAAAAUGUAUUUGCAGCAUAUAUUUGAUCACAGAAUGUACUUGCUGAGUACCUCCGCAAUCUUCCUGCUCCAGGGCUGACAUUUGGUGGUCUUUCCCCCUCUCCAUGUCAGAUGCUCACUGUAUCACACAGGCCAACAAAACUGGCAGAAUUACACAUUAAGGUGUUUCUUUGGGAGGGAUGAAUGUAUUUGUAUUCUCGGGGUUUAGCAAAAGGAAAUGUUUACAGAAGCUUGUGAUUAUUCUGCACUUACAUGUCACAGCAGAAUACAGAUCUAGGGCCCAAAACUGCAGAACUGAUUGAAAUGGGAGUUUUGUCAUUGAUUUUAAUGGAAAUAGUCCCCUAGCCCACCACUGCAAACUAGGACUCUGUUACAAAUACCUACUUCUUUGUCUUUAGUUAAGGUUCAAGCCAUCAGGUUCGUUUAACUGUGACACCACAAGGCCACACGGAGGCUAGCAGCAAUAUCUCUGAGUUGGAGAAAUUCAGGCACCUGUAAUGUCUGUGUGCAAAAGGAGAAUUUUUAUGGACUAUCGUUACUUAUGUGGAAUAGUGCCUUACUCUGUAAGUAAUGCUGUUGAUUUCAGAGUGUCUCCUGCCCUAGAAAGUCACCGUCAGCAUGAAUACCAUGAGAGAAAUCUAUUUCUGGAAUGUAGGUAGAAGAGAUGUGACUGAAAUUAGUGAUUUCCUUAAGUUAAGCCUCGUGUCAAUACCAUGCAUCAGUAUAAGGAUCAGAUGCUGAUCACGUUCCCGACACUGAAUGAACUUGACUCCCAACCUACUCUCACUGCCUUACACAUGGAGCAAAAAAGUUUUCAGUUUGAGUAACGAAAAUCACAAUUUGACCUUUGGUGAACAAUUACAAACGACAUUUUCGUGGGCAGAAACAAGCAACACUUCUGGGUUAUAUAGCUAUUUAUUUUUUGAGAUACGGUGAAUCGGUGUUAAUUAUCAAUGGGUUUCUUUGUAUUUAAAUACUUUCAAAAGCAGUACAUUGACGAUGGGUUGAAGAUAUAUAUAUGUAUGUAUGUAUGUAUACAUAUAAUAUAUAUAUAUAUCUACAAUAUAUAUAUACACACACAACCAUAUAUAUGUAUAUACAUAUAUAUAUAUAUAAAUUAUGAAAGCCAAGAUAUUAUGAAGCCUAUUUUGUUUUUAUCAUUUUGUGUUUUGUUGUUGAUAUUAUUAUUAUUAUUGUUAUUAUUAUUAUUUUGCAUACUACAUGCAGUGCUUUAACCAAUGUCUGUUUGGCUAAUGUAAUUAAAGUUGUUAAUUUAUAUGAGUACAUUUCAACUAUGUCAAUGGUUUCUUAAUAUUUAUUGUGUAGAAGGACUGGUAUUUUUUUUUAUUUACAUUAUGUUUAAAGAGGUAACAGUUUGAUAUGUUCUCAUUUGUUUAUAUUAGAAGUUAUUUAUUUUCACGGCAUUCCGUCUGGUAUUUUGAUAUUUGGAAGGCAUGCUACCUAUACUUUGUACAGUUAGUGGGCAGUAUUCAGCAGCUCCCGGUAGAUCUUUAGGCCCUACGUUAAAUAAAAGACCUGUUUGGGAAUUUUUAUUUUAGAUCUUUCUUAUUGGUUUGCCAGGAGCACUCAGUGCACUUACUGCCAGAUACCCUGCCUGCGUGACCAAUUUAUUCCUGCUGUAUUUACCCAGGACAGAGGACCAAAACCACCUCUGGUGUAAGUCCGGUGACUUCAGUGAAGUUACAACAGAGAUGUCUUUGGCUCACCGAGAAACCGCUUGUGCAGAUCAAUGCAAAGAAAGGACAGAGAGAAAGUGAGAAAGAAAGAAGGAAAGAAAGAGUCUUUGCAUUUGGAAUGGGAUUUCAACGUAUUAAAAAUGUUUGGGUCAGCUACUAUUUUACUUGGUUCUUUUUGUUAUUUUGCUCUUUCUUAUACAAUGACAGCAACAACACAAGUGAAAUAAAUAAAGGGAGUUUCACCAA